AUGUCCGUGUACUCAGAGAAGGCCAUAUACGAUGAUCCACUUUCAUAUUGCGACACCCGAUAUAAGAUUGCUGGUCAGUGGUACGGGCUCCCUAAGGUCUUCAGCAAGUUAGAAACCAAGAAGAUCGAAGUGGUCAAGGACACGCCAACGGACAUCGUGUUCAAACUAAGACAGGAGGACACUCCCAAGGUGCUCGACACCCCCAAGGAAGUGGACUCUCUGAUCUCAUUGUCACUCGACGGUUCCGGAAAAGUGCGGUAUCAUAAGGACAUGUGGAACUCCAAGGACUACAGCCAUGCGGGAAUUGGCAAGUUGAUCAAGAAUCUGAAUGGUGAUUACCUUGCAAAGAUCACCCAGCCGCCAGAUUCCAUGUAG